CUGCGCCCAAUGAACGAUGGCCGCUAGAAUGGUUCCUCUACCUUGCUGGCUGUAGGCGGAGCGGCCUGGAGGAGGAGGCGGAGGAGCAGGGGGCGGCUUGGUUGCGCGGUACUAGCGGUGCCCGCCGAAGGGGGAGGAGGCGGAGGAGCGAGCAGUGCGGCCAGAGCGGGAAAGCGACUCGUCUCUGCGUCCGAGUUGUGGAGCCGCCGCACCCGGGCUUCUGGGGCUGCGGCAGGGACUGUGAGGUGACGGGCGUCCGCUGUCUCCCGGGUUCCCCUCGGAGCGACCCGCGGGAUCGCAAAAAGGGAGAAGAUGGAGGAGAAGGGCGGCAGCAGCAGCGGCAGCGGCGACGUGGGGACCAGCGGGGACGGCGGCGACAGCGGCGAGCAGCUCCUUACUGUCAAGCACGAGCUGCGGACCGCUAAUUUAACAGGACAUACAGAGAAGGUGGGAAUUGAAAAUUUUGAGCUCUUGAAGGUUCUAGGAACUGGAGCUUAUGGAAAGGUGUUUCUAGUUCGUAAAAUAAGUGGUCAUGAUGCUGGAAAGUUGUAUGCCAUGAAAGUUUUGAAAAAGGCAACAAUUGUUCAAAAGGCCAAAACCACAGAGCAUACGAGGACAGAGCGACAAGUCCUGGAGCACAUUAGGCAGUCGCCAUUUUUGGUGACAUUGCACUACGCCUUCCAGACAGAAACUAAACUUCAUCUCAUCUUAGAUUAUAUAAAUGGUGGAGAACUUUUUACUCAUCUUUCUCAAAGAGAGCGUUUCACAGAGCACGAGGUGCAGAUCUAUGUUGGAGAGAUUGUGCUUGCCCUCGAACAUCUGCACAAGUUGGGAAUUAUAUACCGUGACAUUAAGCUUGAGAAUAUUCUACUUGAUUCUAACGGUCAUGUGGUGCUGACAGAUUUUGGUCUGAGUAAAGAGUUUGUGGCUGAUGAAACUGAAAGAGCAUAUUCCUUUUGUGGAACUAUUGAAUACAUGGCACCAGAUAUUGUCAGAGGGGGAGAUUCAGGACAUGACAAGGCAGUUGACUGGUGGAGUUUAGGUGUUCUGAUGUAUGAGUUACUAACUGGAGCAUCUCCUUUCACUGUUGAUGGAGAAAAAAAUUCCCAAGCUGAGAUAUCUAGGAGAAUAUUAAAAAGUGAGCCUCCAUAUCCCCAAGAAAUGAGUGCAUUAGCUAAAGACCUGAUUCAGCGUCUUCUGAUGAAAGAUCCCAAGAAGAGACUGGGAUGUGGCCCACGGGAUGCAGAUGAAAUUAAAGAACAUCUCUUCUUUCAGAAAAUAAACUGGGAUGACCUAGCUGCCAAAAAAGUCCCAGCACCAUUUAAGCCAGUCAUCCGAGACGAAUUAGAUGUGAGUAACUUUGCCGAAGAGUUCACCGAGAUGGACCCCACCUAUUCUCCCGCCGCCCUACCCCAGAGCUCAGAGAGGCUGUUCCAGGGCUAUUCCUUUGUUGCUCCUUCUAUCUUAUUCAAACGUAACGCAGCUGUGAUAGACCCUCUUCAGUUUCACAUGGAAGUCGAACGUCCCGGAGUGACAAAUGUUGCCAGGAGUGCCAUGAUGAAGGACUCUCCAUUCUACCAACACUAUGAUCUAGAUCUAAAGGACAAACCACUAGGAGAAGGAAGUUUUUCAAUUUGUCGAAAGUGCAUACACAAAAAAAGUAACCAAGCAUUUGCAGUGAAAAUCAUCAGCAAAAGGAUGGAAGCCAAUACUCAGAAAGAAAUCACAGCUCUGAAACUCUGUGAAGGACACCCCAAUAUCGUGAAGUUGCAUGAAAUUUUUCAUGAUCAGCUUCAUACAUUCCUGGUGAUGGAACUUCUGAAUGGGGGAGAGCUGUUUGAACGCAUCAAGAAAAAGAAACACUUCAGUGAGACAGAAGCCAGCUUCAUCAUGCGGAAGCUCGUUUCAGCUGUGAGCCACAUGCACGAUGUCGGAGUGGUGCACAGAGAUCUCAAACCUGAGAAUUUAUUGUUCACUGAUGAAAAUGACAACUUGGAAAUUAAAGUAAUCGAUUUUGGGUUUGCACGCCUCAAGCCCCCUGACAAUCAGCCGCUGAAGACCCCGUGCUUUACCCUUCAUUAUGCAGCCCCAGAACUCUUGAAUCAUAACGGCUAUGAUGAGUCCUGUGACCUGUGGAGCUUGGGCGUCAUCUUGUACACAAUGUUGUCAGGGCAGGUUCCGUUCCAAUCUCAUGACAGAAGCUUGACGUGCACGAGUGCAGUGGAAAUCAUGAAGAAAAUUAAAAAAGGAGAUUUCUCCUUUGAAGGGGAAGCCUGGAAGAAUGUAUCCCAAGAGGCUAAAGAUUUGAUCCAAGGACUUCUCACAGUUGAUCCAAAUAAAAGACUGAAAAUGUCUAGCUUGAGGUACAAUGAAUGGCUUCAAGAUGGCAGCCAGCUGUCCUCGAACCCUCUGAUGACUCCGGACAUCCUGGGAUCUUCAGGAGCUGCUGUGCACACCUGUGUGAAAGCAACCUUCCAUGCCUUUAACAAAUACAAGAGAGAGGGAUUUUGCCUGCAGAACGUCGAUAAGGCCCCUUUGGCAAAGAGAAGGAAAAUGAAAAAGACCAGCACCAGCACGGAGACGCGCAGCAGCUCCAGUGAGAGCUCGCACUCGUCCUCCUCCCAUUCCCACGGGAAAACCACGCCCACCAAGACGCUGCCACCCAGCAACCCUGCGGACACCACCAACCCGGAGGCCCUCUUCCAGUUCUCAGACUGAGUGGCAGAGGAAGGGUAGGGAUGUCCGCAGUGAGCCAUUGCACCUUCAUUUCCCUCAGCGUAUGCUUGAGGUGAUGUUCUGUGCUUUAAAAAAAAAAAAAAGUGUCUCGUUGGUCUCAUUGGAAUCUGCCUCUUAAUGAUUUUUUUUCAGGAAAACCUGUUGGUUAUCCUCGUCCAAGAGCACUGGACAGAGAAUGUUACUGUGAAUAGAACAUGUGAUAUUUUUAGUGACCUACCAUGAUGACAACAGGACCAUUCUUGAAAGAACAAAUAGUUUCUGUAAAUUUAAGUAGGGACUGAUCAGAUGGCCCACAACGGAAGUCACAGGUUUUCCAGGUGUCUGCCAGCAAGACUUGCUGAUGCCUUUGCUAUGCCUGGUGGACCAGGUGGGUUCUUAAGAGAUUUGCACCCUUUGGAUAGUGAUUUAUUCGAGAAAAAGGUCUGUUUCAAGAAAAGAUUCUGUAAGGAAUUUUAUGUGUGACAUAUACUUAUUUCUUGAGAGAGAAUUUUAACUUAUUGUUUUUAUUUUAUUGUUAUAUAUGAUGAUAACUUGCUAUUAUUAAUCUUUUUCUAAACGUUAAAAAAAGUUAUAAGAACUUCGGGUCCAUGCUCUGUAUUUGGGAUCCACCUGCAAUGCAUGCUCCGCUGUGUAUGUUUUCAUUUUUGCACUGCUCUUUCCUGGCAGUUUGUUUAAUGGUUAUUUCAGAGUAUUAAGGUACAUGGCUCUGUGUGUUAAGUAACUUGCACUUUAUAAAAGGAUGUGAAUAAAGCAAUCUGUUUUAUAAAGUGCACUGUCUAAAGCAUAUGUACUGUAUUUUUGCCAGUUUUUUUCCAUUAUCUACUUAAAAUUUGUCCUUACAUCCCUCUUCUGCUUUGUAUGCAACAAGUAGAAUGGGGCAUGUUGUAUGAGUCCUUAGCCACUUACGCACCAACACGAGGGAGAACUAAAGGGAAAUUAGACUCAACACUGUGCUUCGUAUUUGUACACUGUGUUGGACUACAGUGAGCCACGUCCUCCUGUAGUCAUUUAUUAUGUACAUAAUAUUUUAGAGUCAUAUCUUUGACCUGUUUUGAAAUUUUUCUGUUAAACUUUGAAUCCAGAAAGCAUAUUUUAUAAACUUAUGCAGAGCACUUUUAUUGCUCCAAAGUUAUGAAUUCAUAGAGAAAACAAGUGCUAUGCGAUGAAGACAUUUCAUGGAAAGAUUGCCGCAUUUUAAAAUACAAUUAAUUCAUUCCCUAUGCAAAAAACCGAAGUGUUAGGAUUUGUAUGUUGUGCUUUCUUUUCAAGCCAUUAUGUGAAAUAUCAGGACUGAGAAAAGUGAUCUUUGUUAUGUUUACAGGAAUCAUGCUUAAAAAGAUAAUGCCCAACAAGUUUAUUUUAUAGAUUUUGUUAAUGCUAACCUCCUGAGCAUUAGUUUGGAAUUUGGGCAUGGUAUUUAUUUAUCCCUUUCUUGAGGUAAUAGCAGCAUUAAUUUCAACCAGUUAUGAAUACUAAAAAUAUUGCACUCUAUGUAAUGAAAUUAUAUUUAUUACUAAAUCAAUGUAUAUAUUAAUAGCACAGGCAAGAAAAUGGCAACUAUUAAAAUAUUUUCCAAAAA